UAUGAUAUUAGACAAAAGGCUUUGAAACUAACAGCAAACAGUAUGUAUGGCUGUCUGGGGUUCUCUUUUUCUCGCUUCUAUGCCAAGCCAUUGGCUGCUCUCAUCACCAGCAAAGGUCGUGAGAUACUUCUGCAAACAAAAGACCUUGUGCAGAAGAUGGGUUUGGAAGUAAUCUAUGGAGAUACAGACUCCAUCAUGAUUAAUACCAACAGUACUGAUUAUGAACAGGUUUUUAAGCUGGGAAAUAAGGUCAAAGGAGAAGUCAACAAACUAUACAAACAGUUGGAAAUUGAUAUUGAUGGUGUCUUUAAGUCUAUGCUUCUGUUGAAAAAGAAAAAGUAUGCAGCACUAGUGAUGAAUCGAUUACCCAAUGGACAGCUGUCAUGUUCUAAAGAACUUAAAGGAUUAGACAUUGUACGAAGAGACUGGAGUGGCCUAGCAAAGCAAACAGGAGAGUUUGUCAUUAGUGAGAUUUUAUCAGACAAAACUAGAGAAGAUAUUGUGGAAGCAAUACAUACACAUCUAUUAGAAGUAGGAAAUAAAAUCAGAGAUGGAAAAGUUCCUUUAACAGAAUUCACCAUCACAAAGCAACUGACAAAAAAUCCUGAGGACUACCCUGAUAAAAAGAGCUUACCUCAUGUACAGGUGGCUUUAAGACUGAAUUCUCGAGGGGGAAAGAAACUUCGACAUGGAGAUACUGUUUCUUACAUUAUUUGUCAGGUAGAUCUUGUCAGUUUGAAUAUGUAG